AUGGAGAGAUGCGGCUUACCGUGGGCGUAUAAAGCUGUCUUGAAUUUGGGUGAUUUACAUAAGCCCUGGAUUAGAGGAGUCUCUCCUCUGCAGAGAGCCAGUACCAUUAUGAAGCCAAUAGACUCACGAGCUCCUUUGCCAAAUCUUCUUCUUUCAAUUCCAUCAAGUAAUGUACGUCGUGCUGUUUGGCUUAUUCACCGGCGUGAUAGUGUGUUGGGAGUUGUAGUGAGCCCUCGCUCCACUGUACUGGAUUGUCUACCGCAGGGCAUUGCUUCGACCCACUCAAAGGUAGAUCGUAUUGUACGUCAUUUACAGUCUCUUCCAUUUCAGACAACAGGGGACAUGAGAGGAAGUUCGCCUAUAGUAGUACAUAAAAAUCAUUUAAUUGGAUGGUGCCUGGAUGGUGCUCCGGCAACACUCUAUGCACAUACCAUAGAUGAACUUGCAAAGUUGAAACCUGCAAGAUUCAAAACAUUAUCACCUGAAAAUGCUUUUGUAUGCGGGACUUAUUACGAAUGGGAUAACUGGAGAGAAGUCUCCAUGGAACCAGGCUGGACGUGGCAUGUAGCCAAUGAGGAUAUCGCAAAUAGUCUUGUACACGGUCAGGUGAAUCUUGACCAACUUCAGAAGGUUUCUCUAGAAGUUUCAUAG